AUGGCAGAAACCAAAGGCGAGAACGUCGAUUGGGUCAGUGAGGAACUUCAGGAUUGGCAACAUGCCAUCUAUCAUAUGGAUGAUUCGAACUGGGUUCUCCAUCCACCGCUCAACAAAGGUCGUGAAGCGAUGGCAUACUUGACAUUCAUCGUCGAUCAUUACCACAAUUUGCCAGAAAUCAUGGUGUUUUUGCACCCUCACCUUAUGGGCUGGCCGCAAGCAUGGCAUACAGACUCUCCCGACUAUAGCAACGUCGACUCUGUUCGAAGUCUUCGUUUGGACUAUGUGCGAGAGCACGGCUAUGCUAACAUGCGAUGUCUUCACAUUCCAGGAUGCCCUGACGAGGUCCGACCAUUUCGGAAUGAUCCAGCACGAGCAUAUGAACUCGCCUUCGCUGAUGCGUACACUUAUCUUUUUGGAGGUAACCAUUCGACCGUUCCCCAUACCAUCGGAGCGGCAUGCUGUUCACAAUUUGCCGUCUCCAAAGACCAAGUGCAAGCGAGACCGAGGACAGACUAUGUGCGAUAUCAAAAGUGGCUUAUUGACACCGAGCUUCCCGAUGAUGUUUCAGGACGUGUGAUGGAGUAUACGUGGCAUAUGAUCUUUGGGAAGGGUCCCAUCUGGUGUCCCGACCACACACAGUGCUGGUGUGAUCAAUUCGGACGAUGUUAA